AUUCAAUGUAAAGUACAUGGGUUUUCCAAACAUCGAGAACACAUGUUAUAUGAACUCCACCCUCCAGUGCUUACUCAGCAUUCCACCAAUCAUAAAGGACAUAGUUUUACAAGAGAACACUUGGAAGAAUGAGCCUGGAUUCGAAAUGCUCAGAGCGUUUUAUGACCUAGAUUUCGCCAGGCUGAAUAAGACACAGAAUAUGCCGAGGAAACAUCUACUGGCAGCAGUCAAAGAUUGCAUCGCCAUUAGGAAUCCAGGUUUUGUGGGAAAUGAACAGCAGGACGCCCAUGAGUUCCUUAUAACCCUCCUGGCUCAGUUGAAAGAUGAGGCUGUGAUGUGCCAGCAAGCAGAAAUGACGUUUCGUAGCCCUGUAGCAAACCUGGAAUUCAGGGUCAACCGCCUGCGCACCUGCGAGACCUGUGGGAACCAAAGUUGCUCUACAGAGGAAGUCAAUUGCCUGUCUUUGGUAACUGGUCCUCAGAAGUCCCUCAUCGAGAGCCUACAGCAGUACUUUGCAACAUCUCAGUUAGAGUGCCGCUGUGACAAGUGCUCGGGGACCCAAGCCUCUGAAAGUGUGGAGAUCCAGACGCUUCCCAGGGUCCUGGUUCUUCUCGUGAUGAGGUUUGACAUGUUCACAGCGAGAAAGAUCAAAGGCCGUCUGGCAGUGCCUGAAGAGCUCAGUCUGGCCAGCUUCACAGGGUCAGACAGCUGUGAGCAGGCAGCAGAUUUAUACAGCAAGGAAGCUACCCAGCAGGCACAUAUCAAAACAAAUGCAAAACAACAGCAGGCCGACGCAUCCUAUAAGCUCAGCGGGGUUGUGUCUCAUUAUGGUUCAAGUCUGCAUUCUGGUCACUUCGUCAGCAACAUUCUUGAUCCUUGUGGAGCUGAAUGGCUUAGCUGUGAUGACAACACUGUGAAAUCCGUCACGUGGUCAAAAGCUUCCAACACCAUAGAAAAUCAUGGAUACAUGUUUUUCUAUUUAAAGAGCUGAAAAAAAAGAAACGGC